CUGAUUAUUAUUCAUGAGCUCAGCUGUAGCUCUGCUGUCUCUUGUACGGGUAAUUGUCUUGCUAUGGCGAUGCUUGUCUCAGUAUGAUCUCCGCGCGGAACAAAGACGAAAUUGUGCGAUUCUACACGGUCACCGACCCUACGACACACAAGAAAGGCUACACGGUGUAUAAAGUCACGGCCCGGAUUAUCUCGCGUAAGAACCCAGAGGAUAUUCAGGAGAUCACAGUGUGGAAAAGGUAUAGUGAUUUCAAAAAGCUUCAUCAAGACCUUUGGCAGAUACACCGAAACCUAUUUGGGCAGUCAGAGCUCUUUCCACCCUUCGCUAAAGCUAAAGUCUUUGGUCGUUUUGAUGAUUCUGUGAUUGAAAAGAGAAGACAGUGCUCAGAGGAUUUGCUGCAGUUCAGCGCUAAUAUUCCUGCUCUGUAUGGCAGCCAAUACUUACAGGAUUUCUUUAAGGGUGGUGAGGUGCAAGACAGCUCUGAGCUCAUCGGCCCAGCUGAGCCCUUCUCCGAUUUUCUAGCUGACAGUCUCUUAGAUAGCAGCUCUGAAGCUCCCAAACAUAUCAGUUUUGUGGAUGAUUUAAUAGUGGCCAAUCCAUCUGAACAUGAGCGUGGCAGUGGUUACAGUGAGCUGAAUUCUCUUGAGGUUGAUGGAGACUCUCUGGCUGCAGUGGGUGAUGGAAUGGCAUCAGGCAGCAUCAAGCACACAGCAACACAAAGCAACUCGUCUCCCAUCCCACAGCCAGUGACGUCCCCAAGCCGGGUGGGAGUAGUGUCCAGUCAUACCAGUGGGACUUUGAGCUUUGCCUCCAGUCUCAGGAACUCCACAGAGAAGGAGGACUACCUGGAAAAGGCCAGUGAGCUGAUCACUCUAGCUGUCCAGAAAGAGGUAGAGCAGGAAUUUGCAGUGGCAUUUUCCUACUAUCGUAGAGGUGUGGAUCUUCUGCUGCAGGGUGUACAAGGAGAGGCGAGUCCCAGCAGAAGGGAGGCUGUGAAGAGAAAGACGGCAGAAUAUCUGAUGCGUGCCGAGCUCAUUUCUGCACAGCUCAAGGACAGCAUGGGCCAAAGCUCCACUCAAAGCAGGGCAUUGGGCUCGCAGUGCUGUGGUGGCUCGUGGUCGGAGCAGACUUACUCUGAUGAGCUGAAGCACUACAGAGUUCUGGGUGUUAUUGAUAAGGUGCUGUUGGUGAUGGAUAAGAGAACGCAGGAAACUUUUAUUUUGAAAGGUUUAAGGAAAAGCAGUGCGUGUGGGCGUGUUAAGAAGACCGUUGUGCCUCGUUCUGUGCCUAACAUGGUACAACUGGAGAAAUACAUCAUCUCAGAGGAUUCCAUCUUUCUUUUACUGGAGUAUGCUGAGGGUGGUAAAUUGUGGACUCAUAUCUGCAAGUAUCUGCAUGGCAGCAGUCCUGACGAAAGCUUCAACAUACCUUUCAUCCAGAAAGCUCACUCUACAGCUAUACAUUCAGCCCUGAACCCUGUGCCUACCUGUUCCAGCAGUGUGGAUUCUCGGGGCCUAAGCAUUGGGGAGCGUCCAUUAGAAGCCCAACUGCCAGACUCUGGUGCCACCUCUGAGGAGGAGUGCACUAACAGCUACUUGACGCUGUGCAAUGAGUAUGAGCAGGAGAAGCUGGAGCCGGAGGAAGACCACUGCACACUUAUUCCUGUGGCAACACAAAAGCAUACAUCUUCAGGGUUAAACACUGAUAGUCUAUGCUCUCCGAUUUCAAUGCAGGAGCUGUGCUUCUUCACUGAGGAGGAUCAACUGGCUGGCUUUAUGGAUCAAUGCACAUGUUCAUCCGACCAUCUGAACCAAUCACCGCCCAAGGAGGAGCUGUCUUACAGUGACAGUAAAGAUUUCUGCAAGCCACUGUUGGUACCCUCAGAUGCUAGUAUAGAGGUGUCAGAGGAGCCACUGGAGAAUCUACAGGAAGUGUCAGAUCUCUGGAGGUCUGACGGUGAUCAAUGCUCAAAUGAGUUGGUGCCAGUAAUUUCCUUUAAAGAGGCUGUAUUGGAGGAUGCCAAUGUCAGCUGUGCUGUUGAGGGACAGCCACCUGAUCUUUUGGUCAAUCUGCCGGCACUCGAAGGGGACACAGUAGACGUGUUAGAGGAAGAGCUUAUCGCUGGAGGCAUCGCUUUCGCUGUUGUAGACAAAACCUCUCCCACAUUUGGCAGGCCAGAUGUUCUACAGAGAGGAGAGAAAGCAGAGUUGGACCUCUUUGUUGAUGUGGCCACCCUUCCACUUCUACACAAACCAUCAAAAACACCUUUUAAAGCAGAUUUUUUGACUCUGUCUUCCCCAAAGCUCUCUGGCAUGGUGGACGCAUCUGUUCCCAGAACUCAGAAGAACUUUGUUGAACAUGAAGAUGUGGAGUUGGGGUCAGAGGGUACUUCAGGAGAGCAGGAGGUUGAGAAAGUGUCAAAGUUGUUUCAAGAGCUGGAUAAGUUGGCUGCUGUUUCAUUAGACACACACAUCCCAGAGGCUCUGGUGAGGAGCUGGGCUGCUGAUAUGGUUGUGGCUCUGGAUGCACUGCAUCAGGAGGGAAUCAUAUGCCGAGACCUGAACCCCAGCAACAUACUGCUAAACAACACAGGUCGUGUGCAGCUGACCUAUUUCUGCAGCUGGAGUGAUGUAGAGGAGUCAUGUGACCCUAACGCCUUCUCUAAGAUGUACUGCGCACCAGAAGUGGGCGGAAUCUGUGAAGAGACGCUAGCGUGUGAUUGGUGGAGUUUGGGAGCCCUUUUAUUUGAGCUCAUAGUUGGAAAGUCUCUCCAUCAGUGUCAUCCUGCUGGGAUUGGUAGACACUCAUCCCUGAACAUCCCAGAGUUUGUGUCGGAGGAGGCUCGCUCUCUGCUGGAACAGUUGUUGCAGUAUAAUCCAGUGGAACGGCUUGGCGCGGGAGUAGGCGGUGUGGAGGAUAUUAAGUCUCAUCCUUUCUUUUCUCAUGUGAACUGGACCAAUUAAACUAUCAGAUGCAUUACUAGAAUGAGAUGAAAGAUCUAAACUGUCUAAAAUCCAUCUAUAUGUACAAAAACAAUGUCAUAAAUGCUGCAGGACAUGUUUAUUUUACACAUACUCUUACCUACAAAUGGCCAAAGCUCACUGUCAAGUCUCUAGCAGUAAGAGGAAAAGGGAUGUUACUGUUUUCGAAAAAAAAAAAAAAAAAAAAAAAAAAAUUGUUUAAACCAGGAUUAGCGAUUCAAAUUCAAGAGUCACUUGAAAGAAUAGGAAGAGUUUGAGGAUGUUUCCUGUUCAUAUCAGAUGAGAAUAUGGUUCCCAAACCUGGUCCUGGAGUUCCCCCAACCCAACACAUUUUGGAUGUCUCCCCAGGUAAAAAACAAAGUACAUUUCUAUAAUGUACUUAAAGUGCUCUGGUUUUGCGCACUAAUUUUGUACUUAAUAUACUAAAAAUUCUUCUUUAGUACUUCUUAAGAUAAUCUUAGUAUACUCAACUCAGCUAUUUUGAGACACCAUAAAAUAUGAACUAAAAUGUACUUUUGAUAUACUAUCUCUGUAUUUAAAAAAUGUACUUAGUUACCACUUAUAGUACACUUGAACCCAUAGUGUGCUACAAGUGGUAACUAAAUACAUUUUUUAAAUACAGAGAUAGUAUAUUAGAAGCACUUUUUUUGUUCAUAUUUCAUGGUGUCUCAAAAUAGCACAGUUGAGUACACUUAGAUGUUCUUAAGAUUAUCUUAAUAUACUAAAAAUUCUUCUAUAGUACUUCUUAAGUACAAAAUUAGUGUGCGAAAAUAGAGCACUUCAAGUACAUUAUAGAAAUGUACUUUUUUUUCCCACCUGGGUCCCCAUAUUUAAACACACAUAAUUCAUCUAAUCAGCUCGUUAGUAGAGACUUUUAGAGAGACAUCCAAAAUGUGUAGUAUUGGGACCAGGGUUUGGAACCGCUGCUAUAUGUAACUGUAUAUAAAUUAAACUGCUUGUGUAUGGGUGUGUUUAAUUUAUAAUGUAUUUAUAAAAAGCAGCUGGCAAAUUUCAUUGCAUGAACAUCUUUAGCAUGUGCUAUAAUGCACAUUUGCCCUGAUUGUUUGAUUUAAAUUGAUCACUGUCACAUUUAUCAUUACAUCACUACACAGUCUCCACUAACCCGUCUAAUGCUCUGUUAUUUAUUAAAUGCUCUGUGUCAAUGGGCUCAUAUUGGUUCUUUCACUUGAUGUAUUACUUUCUCAAGGAUGGUUCAUACUCUUGCAGACAAAUAUAACUACAGAGCUCAAUGGAAUGGAGAAUAACCAUUUUAAAAGGUGCUUGUGAAUCAGUUUAUUUUAAGUGUUACGUUAAAUGUGCAGCAAGUUUAAGAUUUCAGUUUAAUUAAAAUUUGUAUCAACCGUUUUAGUUAAAUACUUUUGAGCAUCUGUUAAAUUCUUGUUUCUCUGUAUAACCUAUUUUCCCUUCUGUUAAUCUCAAUUAGAAUCAAAGAAGUGAAAAUCAGGAUAAUUGUUCGUCCUACCGGUGUGCGAGUUAUGCAGCUUUCUCUCAAUUUUACCAGGGAAGAAAAUCCGGUUGAUUGCCUCGCCAGUCCAAGCAAUGCAUCAGUAUAUGGAUGUCCGCAAGGAAAGAACAGUUCUUUAUCGGGAACCUUAAUGGAACUUCUUCCCCAACCCCCUAUCCCUACCCCUACCUCCACUCCUACCUCCUCCUCUCGAAGAAGACUGUGUGUGUGUUUUGUUUGCUUUUAUUUAAUCUUCAAACAAACAACCUGGCCUUGCAAACACAAAGCUGAAAUCAUCAGUUACUUUACUUUCUUAAAUAUGAACUUUCAGUUUACAACUUAUUCAACAUUUCAGUACAUGCACACCAAUAUACAUUUACAAUGUAACUCAUUAACAUUUGAGUAAAACAUAGCACACCAAAUCACAUUUUCAGUGUAUACAUUGUCUGUCUCAUUUUUACUCACUAAAUGACUUUAAACCUCGA